ACAGACAGAGCGUAGCUAACUCCUCCCCCUCCCCCUCCCUUCCGUGCUUUCAUGAACGUGCCCAACCCCCACCCCCAAAUCCUUCUUGUCGUUUAUUGGCUGGAAUACUUUGUUUUGUUUUCUGAAGCUAGGUUUGGCCAUUUGUUGAUAUUGCCGUUUGUGAAGCCUGGGCUGUCUACAGAGAUUGCGUUUUUUUACAGUUUGAUCAGCGGACAGGCAGCAAGCAGAUAGUGAGGAGAUGUUUCCGUGUUCCAUCAUGGACUCUAUGGGCAUCCUGGAAGAGGAUCUAGAGAAGAUUUUGAUGGGUGGAGGACUGGAGGUGAGAGAGUUUGAUUCGGCCAAUGAAGUGCAGCCAGUCACACUGGGAAAAGAUGUCUGUUACAUUGUCUGCGCAGUUAUCUUCAACUCAAAGGAUGAGGUGUUAAUGGUACAGGAAGCCAAAAGAGAGUGUUAUGGUACUUGGUACCUCCCUGCAGGUCGUAUGGAGCGAGGUGAAAGCAUUAUAGAGGCGCUACAGAGAGAGGUCAAAGAAGAGGCAGGAGUAGACUGUCAGCCAAUCACAAUGCUGCUGGUUCAAGAACAAGGGCCACAGUGGAUUCGGUUCAUCUUUCUUGCAGAUGUCACAGGGGGCUCUCUGAAGACAAAAGCAGAAGCAGAUGAAGAAUCUCUGCAAGCUCAGUGGUGGGAUCGCGAGUCUCAUCUUCCUCUCCGUAAACGUGACAUACUGUCCCUCAUCGAUGCUGGAAUAAAAUAUCGCCAGAAUCAGUGGUUUCCUGCACUACAACCUGUGGAUGUGCCGUGUCAUGUUAUUUGCCAAAGACUACUACUCGCAUUUAUGGCCAGCAAUGGUGAGAACAGCGAGGAGGAACGCGUGUGGCUGUUGCUAAGCAACGGUAAAGGAAACAAUGUCAGUUCACAUCCCUGUCUUCCUGUUAGAAUGUCAGGUAAAAGAUGCCCGCUUCCAUGGUCAGCACUCAGAAUGGUGAAUGAGUGCAUGUCUUCGUCAUACGACAGGCUAAACGUUAACAUGUGUGGAAUUCUGGGAGUGCAGCACAAUGGACGAGUUCUCGGGAAAACAGAUGGCAUCUGCUUCAACACGCUUGUGUUAGUGAAACAUUCAGAGGAAGGGCCGGAAACCAGCAACCCACCCACAUUAGAUGGCCACUGCUAUAGAUGGCAUGAAUUGACCAAUCAGAGCAUGAGGGUGAAGAUACUACAGAGGAUUAAAGAAGGGACGGUUUUGCCAGUUUCCUAAACUGCAUUUUGCAUAUGUGUGACAUCACUCAACCUGCAGAUUGCAAACAGCUUCUACUGAUGCUCAAGUGAAUUUUAGUAGUGCAUAAAUCAAUCGUAUGUGCAUGAUGUAUUAGUUUUAAUAGCACAGGAAAUUUCAAUUCACCUCGACAAUACAAACAUUCCCAUAUAUGGGUAUCAGUAACAAGGCCAGCCUUUUUUUAACAGCUAUCAAUAAUUAAUUUGCUUUUUAUUUCAAAUGGACUUCGUACACCUCUUUUACCUCACACUACAUAAAUGCAUGCUUAAAGGAAAACACCACCAUUUUUUAUUAUUUUACUAUGUUCUUACCUCAACGUAGAUGAAUUAAUACAUACCGAUCUUUAUUCAGUUUGUGCACUUUUAAUCUUUGUACAGCGCCUCGUGAAUGUGUUAGCAUUUAGCCUAGCCCCAUUCAUUCCUUAGGAUCCAAACAAACAUUUUAUUUUGUGCCACCAUACUUACUCAUGUAACAGUCUUUAAAUAGGGAAAACAUGGAAGUGUUUGGUGGCUUUAAAAUUCAUCCCUCUUUGGAUCCUAAGGAAUGAAUGGGGCUAGGUUAAAUACUAACACAUUUACGACCCGCUGUAAAAAGAUUAAGUGCAUGCAUUGAAAAAAGAUAGGUAUGUAUUAAUUUGUCUAAGUUGAGGUAAGAACAUAGUAAAAUAUUGAAAAACGGUGGUGUUUUCCUUUAAGCAGACAUUUAAGUAUUAGCUCAGUUGGUAAAGCACUGUGUUAGCAGCGCAAAGGUCAUGGGUUUGAAUCCCAGGGAACACUAAAUGAAUACUCUCAUGCACUGUGAGUCGCUUUAAAUUAUUAGUAUUUUUAUAAAAACGGAUUAAUAAUGCUGUAAAUGAUAUAUAAACAGAUGUGCUGCUGUAUAUUCACUAAUAAAUUAUAAUACACAAGAGUAA